AUGGCGGUGGACAGUACCCAAGGUGCAGGGUCUGAAUUCUAUGACAUUGGUAAGUCACUGGGCGGGAUAUUGCGGGGACUGCCCGAGGCCUGGAAAAUGGGACUAUCGCGCGUGACUGACAAUGUGUAUUCAGUCGUUGUUGGAGCUGGUCCUGCUGGGCUCAUGCUUUCUGACUGUCUGGCCAGAUGGGGUUAUCACAUAAAGCAUAUUGACAAUAGGCCGGAACCGACACCUACAGGGAGAGCCGACGGUCUCCAGCCACGUACAUUGGAUAUUCUCCGCACUAUGGGCCUGGAAGCAGAUCUCAUGGCUCACGAUCCUGCUCGGGUGUAUGAAGUUGCCUUCUGGAAUCUUGAUCGAUCCAGUAAAAAUAUUGUUCGGACUGGAACAUGGGCUACCUGCCCAAGCUUUAUUGAUGCCCGCUACCCCUUCACAGCCCUUCUUCAUCAAGGGUACGUUGAACGAGUCUUUAUCGAUGAUCUUCGGAGAAAAGGCGUGCACAUUCAACGCCCAUGGACUAUAGCUGGUUUCGAAUCCGAGGAGAAAAACAACCCAUACUACCCGGUGUAUGUGGAAUUGAAGCAUGUGGACGGGACAGCCGUAGAGGCUGUCAGAGCAAAGUACCUGUUUGGGGGGGAAGGUGCUAGAUCCUUUAUCCGGCAACGGCUCAACAUCUGUUUUCAGCAUAUCGGUCCAAUCGAGCAAGUCUGGGGUGUUAUGGAUGGCGUUGUUCAAACCGACUUUCCAGAUAUAAAGAUGAAAUGCACAAUUCACAGUCAGCAUGGUCCAAUGUUGGUCAUCCCAAGGGAGAAAAAUAUGGUCCGGUUCUAUGUCCAGAUUGCGUCCUGUGAAGAGUCUGACUGGAAAUCAAUGAAAAGAUUAACAAAAGAACAAUUUCAAGAAUUGGCCAAGAAAAUUCUGCAUCCAUAUACUAUAGAAUGGGAGCGAGUAGAAUGGUAUUCGACCUACCCCAUUGGCCAAGGAAUCUCGGAAAAAUAUAGCUUAGAUCAACGCGUGUUUCUAGGCGGCGACGCAUGCCACACACACAGUCCCAAAGCCGGACAGGGGAUGAACACUGCUUUCCUAGACGCACUGAACCUUGCAUGGAAGAUCCACGCGGUUGAAGGUGGUUUCGCCCAUCGAGACCUCCUCAAAACGUACGAGAACGAGCGCAAGACAGUAGCGGAAAGCCUUGUGAACUUCGAUAAUCGAUACUCAAAGUUGUUCUCUCAACGCCCUCCUACUACGAAUGAGAUGGAAGCAGCCUCAAACGGGGCUUCACAGGACACCGUAACUGAAGAGGAGGACGAAUUCGUCAAAGCCUUCAAAGAAUCGUGCGAAUUCACAAGCGGCUAUGGUGUUUCUUAUGGGCCAAAUGAAUUAAACUGGUCGUCAAGCCAUCCAGCCAAAUCAAUGCUUAUGAAUCCCCAGGGUACCAAACUUCGACCGGGCCAUAUCUUCAUCAAUUCCGAUGUAACGAGAGUCGUGGAUGCCAACGUCGUCCACUUGGAGCAAGGGGUGCCUCUGAAUGGCUCAUUUCGUAUUUUGAUAUUUGCAGGGAAUCCUGCCGUCACCAGAAAGGCCUUGGUCGAUUUUGCUGCUGGUCUCGGAUGCAACCAAUCUUUCUACAGAAGAUACAUGAGAAGCGAUGCCAGAGAGGUUUCUUAUCAUGAGAAACAUAACCCGCACAGCUUAUUUUUCACACUAUGUGUAAUAUUUGCGACAAAGAGAUGUCAUAUUGAAAUAUCAAGGGAUGUUCCUGGACUCUUGGCGCGCUAUCGCCACCAUGUAUACGCAGAUGACCGUUGGGACCAAAGAGUACCUGACGCGACUGCAUCUGCUCACGCCAAGACGGGAUUCGAUGAAGACAGAGGCGGGGUUGUCGUGGUUCGGCCUGAUGGUUACGUGGGCGCGGUGGUUGGUCUUGUGGAGGGAACUGGAACAGCGAAUGCAUUGAAUGAGUAUUUCGCAGCAUUUUGUACGGAGAAACUAGCAGACGUUAACUCGCAGCUGUAG